AAUGCUUACGAUUAAAUUGAUUAUAUUUUCAGAAAAUUUUGCCCUCAACAGACAAACAUGGCAAUCCUAUCAAUACAAUCCAAAUAAUACUCUAUUUCACUCAAGUAAAGCUGUAGAUGGAAAAUGGACUGACUUAAGUGCUUGGGGAGGACAGUGUUCCAUAUCAGCUGAUGGAUACAGUACUUCCACCUGGUGGGUAAUCCUGGACGCAAUCUACAGCAUUCAUGAUAUAAGGAUUCAUUACAGAACAGACAACAACCUUUGGGAUGCAUCGAAUGGUUACACAGCAAGAUUUCUAGGUUUCUAUGUUUACGUAUCAAAUUCAACAAACCGUCUCGAUGGUCAUCUGUGUUUCCACGACACGAACUACACCAGAUCAACAAUACCUGCCAUCGCCAAUAUAAGUUGUCCUGUUCAUGGAAAAUAUGUUAUAUACUUUAAUGAAAGAUUUCCAGGAGUAACAUAUCCAAAUGGAUAUUCUAAAUAUGCAUUUAAUGAACUAUGUGAAGUGGAAGUCUAUGGUUGUCCAACUGGCUAUUAUGGACCAGAUUGUUCUCUUCCCUGUCCUGACAACUGUCGUUAUUGUCACAUAUAUAGAGACUGGAAUGUGUUCCCGGUGUAAACCUGGGUACCAG